CUGUGGACAGUUUAUUGUAUUAAUGUUUAACUACUACACGAGGGUCGUUAAUUGGUUUAAAUUUAUCUAUUACGAGAAGAUGAAGUGUACCGUACUGGUUCUGUUUGGUCUGGCCCUGACCACUGCCACGCCUGAGUGGGAACAGUUCAAGCGUCAGCAUGGUCGUCAGUACACGCAGGAGGAAGACUUGCUCCGUCAGAGGAUCUUUGAAGACAACCUUAAGAGGAUUGAGGAAUUCAACCUGAGGCACCAGCGAGGGGAAGUCAGCUUCACCGUCAACAUGAACCAGUUUGGUGACAUGACCAGCCAGGAGAUCGCAGGGAGAAUGAACGGGUUGAAGCAAGGUGUCAGACCAAAGUCUACCUCAGUGUACCGAGCUGAACCAGGUAGAACCAGGGAGGCUGACGUUGAUUGGAGAACCAAGGGUGCUGUCACUGAAGUCAAGGACCAGGGACAGUGUGGUUCAUGUUGGUCCUUCUCCACGACUGGAUCACUGGAGGGUCAACACUUCCUCAAGACUGGUGACCUGGUGAGCCUGUCAGAACAGAACCUGGUGGACUGUACCUUCACUUAUGGUAAUGCUGGUUGUGAUGGUGGAUGGAUGAACACGGCCUUUGAGUAUAUCAGAGAUAAUAAUGGUAUCAACACUGAGGCUACUUACCCAUAUGAGGCUAGGGAUGGUCGUUGUCGCUUCAAGACGAAUGACAUCGCUGCUACAUGUACGGGCUAUGUUGAUAUUGAUUACUACAACGAGGAAGCUCUGGCUCAAGCAGUAGCUGACGUAGGUCCAAUAUCUGUAGCCAUCGAUGCUUCCUGGUGGUCCUUCCAGUUCUACGAGAGUGGUGUGUACUACGAGUCCAGCUGCGACCCGGAGUACCUGGACCACGCGGUACUGGUAGUUGGCUAUGGUACAGAGGAUGGAGAGGACUACUGGCUGGUGAAGAACUCCUGGGCUGACUCCUGGGGUGAUGCUGGUUACAUCAAGAUGUCUAGGAACAGAGAUAACAACUGUGGUAUUGCUACCCAGGCAUCAUACCCCACUGUCUAGAUACCCCUGCCAUAUACCCCACUGUCUAGAAACCCAGGUCUUAUACCCCACUGUCUAGAUACCUAGCACUCAUACCCCACUGUCUAGAUACCCAGCACUCAUGCCUCACUGUCUACAUACCCAGCAUUCAUACCCCACUGUCUAGAUACCCAGCAUUCAUACCCCAUUGUCUAGAUACCCAGGCCCUAUGCCCCACUGUUACGUGCACCACAUCAUGUGAUCAACACAGCUGCAUCACAUCAUGUGAUCAACACAGCUGCAUCACAUCAUGUGAUCAACACAGCUGCACCACAUCAUGUGAUCAACACAGCUGCAUCACAUCAUGUGAUCAACACAGCUGUAUCACAUCAUGUGGUCAACACAGCUGCAUCACAUCAUGUGAUCAACACAGCUGUAUCACAUCACGUGGUCAACACAGCUGUAUCACAUCACGUGGUCAACACAGCUGCAUCACAUCAUGUGAUCAACACAGCUGCACCACAUCAUGUGAUCAACACAGCUGCAUCACAUCAUGUUAUCAACACAGCUGCACAUCAUGUGAUCAACACAGCUGCAUCACAUCAUGUGAUCAACACAGCUGCACCACAUCAUGUGAUCAACACAGCUGCAUCACAUCAUGUGAUCAACACAGCUGUAUCACAUCACGUGGUCAACACAGCUGCAUCACAUCAUGUGAUCAACACAGCUGCACCACAUCAUGUGAUCAACACAGCUGCAUCACAUCAUGUUAUCAACACAGCUGCACAUCAUGUGAUCAACACAGUUGCAUCACAUCAUGUGAUCAACACAGCUGCACCACAUCAUGUGAUCAACACAGCUGCAUCACAUUGUGUGAUCAACACAGCUGCACCACAUCAUGUGAUCAACACAGCUGCAUCACAUCAUGUGAUCAACACAGCUGCACCACAUCAUGUGAUCAACACAGCUGCAUCACAUUGUGUGAUCAACACAGCUGCACCACAUCAUGUGAUCAACACAGCUGCAUCACAUUGUGUGAUCAACACAGCUGCACCCCAUCAUGUGAUCAACACAGCUACACCACAUCAUGUGAUCAACACAACUGCAUCCCAUCAUGUGAUCAACACAGCUGCAUCACAUCAUGUGAUCAACACAGCUACACCACAUCAUGUGAUCAACACAGCUGCAUCCCAUCAUGUGAUCAACACAGCUGCAUCACAUCAUGUGAUCACAGCUGCACCACAUCACAUCAUGUGAUCAACACAGCUGGAUCACAUCAUGUGCCACAUGGGCACAGUACCCAGGGCAUCCUGGGCAGGUGUUUUAACUUCUCUUACUGAGUCUAAUAAACAUUGACUGAA